UGUUUGUUGUUUGUUGUUUAAAACAUUAUUUAGGGCGCACCUUUAACAGCAGAAGUCUGUACAAAUUGUAAUGCAACGAGAAAAGCGAAAAAUGGCGUAAAGAUGCAUGUAAUACAAGUCUGGAUAAUUCAAUGAACCGUUGACCAUUUUAAGUGACUUUACCAUAAGGGUUUGCUUUCACUCACAUACAUGGCGUUUAUUGAAGACCUGUUAUCAGUUUUCCAGGAAUUUUCAGAGGACGACGGAAACUCAAACUUCACUUACACAAUUGUUUAUGGAAGCUGUUCUAAGGUUAUCCCUCACCAGGAAUUCCGGCUAUAUUUACUCAUCCCAGCGGCCAUAUCUACUGUGCUUUUGGCAUUUUCUACACGACGAACGAAACAAAAACUUCAUUUGUUAAAUGGACGACCAGGACUCAUAUUCCCAAUGGAUGUUAUGAAGAGAUCUCACCGAUUUUCCUACGCCGCUGCAUUCGGGACGCUGGCUCAUCUUUGCUCUAAUAUCGUGUUUGAUGCUAAAUAUGCCUUUAACUAUAACGGACCAACAUAUCUAAAAGUUUUGAUAGCUCUGGUCUCCAUGUUGAUAUAUGGCAUGGGUUACUUCCCCUUGUUUGCAGGAAUUACCACAGAAAGCCCAUUGGGAUACCUCGUAGCAACCUUAUUCUCUUGGAUUUUUACGGCUGAAUUUUUUGCCAAUUCAUUUUGUACACAAAAAAUGAAUAUUUCCUAUUUGAUCCUUAUCAUUGGGGUACUACCGGAAAUGCUAUGUUACCUCUAUCUGACCUUUAGCCUCCCCGUCAGAUUCGUUCUUUCUAUUGCAAAACCAGAGAAGAAAACUAAACUAGCAGUGGACUUUGAGAGCAGCAAGGACCUUUAUGAAUCCGUUCGAAAGUCAUACCAAGGCAUCCACGUUGCAAAGCUGUUUAAAAGACCCCCUCCACCUCCCCCACCUCCAGAAGGUGCUAAAGAAAAAUUGAUAUUUUUACUGAAAAACUUGACUGGAAUGGUUUUUUACAAACGUACUAAAGGUUUCCGGUAUUCAACUAGAAUAAUGAGUGUAAUUGCCAUUGGAUUUAUUUUACUCUGUGAGGUUACCUUUCUUCUGUUCAUAGUAUUUUAUCAAGCAUUCGAGUAUGCAGAAAAAAUUCUAAACACUUUACAAGUCGUUGAAGAAUUUUUAACUACGACUGACAGGAAAACCCUACACAUGUUGUUGUUUUUGGUAACAGCACUUAGAGGUUGCUUCUUAACUUCUUUGAUGGUAGCAUAUACCAUUAAUGUUGUGUUUCUUCUUCAUUAUAUGACGUCAUACAGGAACAAUUUGCUUUUACUGUACAAAGGGAAAAAUGAGCAUCUCAUACCAAUGACCGAAAAGUCCAAUGCAAGUCUAAUCGUUGGUAGCAUGAGAUAUGCUGGAUAUCAGGUGGGAUACAUUGGAUGGGGGUUUUUCAUCCAGUUUUUGUUGCUGUUGAUUAUUUCCAUUGUAAUUGCGACGAUAGUGACAUUAUGGGAUGUGAUCAAAGACCUUAUUUUGCAACAGAUAAUGAUAUUAUGGCCAGUGUUAAUCACCUCCCUGGUGUUAAACAUUCUACAGCUUGUAUUAUCAAAGUUUCUCUUUCUACAAGAAAAUGGUGAUAUAUUAGCCAUGGAUAACAGGCGGCUCUUCUUCAUCUUUACAUACUUCAUGUUUUUCUACAAUAUCUUCAUUGGAAUCUUCUCGUGCCUGAUGAGGAUAAUUAAAGCCAUCAUCCUGGGAGCGCUUUUCCUUCCCCGACUUGACCACAGUACUCUUCCUAAAAAAUUCCAACGGAUGGACCCUGGUUUUGAUGCAUACUGUGGAUUCAUGCAUGUAGAAAGUACUCAUACAAAUCCCGUUGCAAUGGUGUUUAUCAGUAUUUUGCAAGCAGAAUCGCUUACGGCGUUGAAAAAGAAGGAAAAGAAAAUUCUUAAUAUUGUUUUGCGGGAUGAAUAUCAAGAGAUGUUGGCCAAGAAGAGGAGGAAAGCCCGAUGGAAGUGGCUUUUAGCCUACACUCUCGUAAAUAAUCCGGAAAUCUCCCUACAACGGAGACUCGUCUUAGCAAAGGAACGAAACGAGAAUAUCAAGGAGAUUUUCUUUUCUCACUCAUCAUCGUUUACAGUUAAAUCAACAAAACCCGAUCUGGAAGAUGUCAUUAUACAGAGCGAAAGAUUAUAGUUUGCCUGUAAAAUUUAAUGGAUGUCAUUUUGGGAAAUAGACUUGAAAUCUGCAACGAGUUUUAGUGUAAUGGUCAUGCAUGAUGAAUGUACACUUAUAGUGUGCAUCAUGAGCAUACUUGUACGAAUGAAACUUAGGACAUCGGUACAUCCCUUUACAUUUUUUUGUACAUGUAUCAUAAUUAACAAAGAAAAAAUAAUAAUUUUUCCAUACUAACAAAAAAAUUCAAAAAUCGAAAAAUACGAGAGAAAGAGCAGUUACAUGAGUUAUCGUUCUUAUUCUUUCAAGUCAGCUAAUGCACACGAAGCAUACCCACUCAAAAUGUAAAAUAUUUAAUUUGUUACAAAGUGCAUUUAUAGCAAGGAAAAUCAAAGAAGAGCGGAUUAUAAAAUUUUGUAUUUGAAUAUUCCAUAUGUUGUCAUACUAUUGAUAAGCGAUACAGCGAAAUUCAUACGUUACAAUACAUUCGCUAAGAAAAAAGCUACACGCCAUCUUUAUGGUACAUGUAGCAAAUAGCUUAUAGAUACGAAUUAUUCCCAUUGUAUUCUAUUUUGCAUAUUAAGAAUCCUAAAAAACGUAAUAAUCGUCAUUAAAAUGUUUUUAGGUCAUUUUGUAUAUUCAAUUAUUGUGGUUCUCAUUAUGGAACAUUUAGGUUUCUCAUUUCAAAAUUCACCUACUUUUGUUAUCAUGUUGUAUUAAAUAGUUAUACUUGCUCUUAAAAAGGAAGAAAAUUUGGAGGUUCAGUGAUUUUGAUCACACUAGUUGAUAUAACUAUAUCACGUGUCAUUUGGGUGACUGAUCCAAAGAUCACUUUUUAACAAUGAGUACCAAUGGCCUAUUGAGGUUUUCUUUAUUGAAUGUAUCCAAUUUUUUAAGAUAAAAUAAAAUUUAUUAAAAAUCAGCUUGCUAUCCUGAA